AUGGAUACCUUAUUAACGGCGGACCUUGUUGCCAAUUCCCCCCGAUUCCGGCGGAAGUCAUCGACGUUUGUUGAUGCAAUUCACGAUUUACCUGAAAAGGCGGAUCUAGCACCAGCUCAGCUAUAUAGUACGGAGUCCGGUCGGCUGUUUCACUCGGGCCGGAUUGUGAUUAUUACCGUAGGCCUACCGGCAAGGGGCAAGACGUUUGUUACACCCAAACUGGCCGACCAUAUUUCAGUAGCUUUGGCUCGCUACCUUCGAUGGUUAGGUGUCAAGACCAGGAUUUUCCAUCUUGGAGAUUAUAGACGUGCUACUAUCCCCUUCGGCCAGGAUAUUCCAGACGAUUAUUUUUUCGUUAAUGCAUCUGCAUCUUCAGUUCUUCUCAGACAAAAGAUUGUAAAAAGGUGCCGAGAGGACAUAUAUCAGUUCCUCAACGACGAAAAUGGCCAGAUAGCAAUUUACGACGCUGUCAACCCAUUGGCCUCUGGACGGCGGUCUCUUGCAAAGGAAUUUGCCAAGCAUGAUAUCGAGACACUUUUUAUUGAGUCAUGGUGUGACGAUGAGUGUAUAAUCGAAGAAAACGUUCGUAGGGUUAAGAUAUCUUCGCCAGAUUAUGUUGGAUGGACUUCAGGGGAUGCAGUGAAACAUUACUUGACCCGUAUAGCUGCUCGAAUUCCCCAGUUCCAGACCAUGGAGGAAAAAGAUUUAAAUUAUAUCAAAAUGAUGAAUGCAGGAGAAAGAUUGAUUGUUAACAAUCGAAGUUUUGGCUAUCUUUCUCAUAGGAUUGUGUUCUAUCUCCUUAACCUUCAUAUCAAGUCAAGGCACACUUACUUUGCUCGUGCUGGUGUUUCACUAGAAGCUGGCUCAUACAAAGCCGAUGCGUCGUUAUCUGAGCAAGGAGAAGACUAUGCAAAGAGGAUGACCGAAUGCUUAAUCAAACACAGAGAGGACGAGAUGAAGGCAAUGAUUGAUCAAGGAGAAACUGAUUGUGAGCUAAAACCGUUGACAGUUUGGACGUCUACGAGACGCAGAACUAUCGAGACUGCAAAGUAUCUUCAUGAGUCUGGGUACAAGGUUCGACAAAGAUCGCAGCUGAGCCAAUUGAACCCCGGAGUCUGUGAGAAGAUGUCGGAACGAAGAAUUCGUGAAGAAUAUCCCGAUGAGGUGGCAAAGCAUGAACUUGACCCUUACCACCAUAGGUAUCCCCGCGCGGAGUCAUAUCAUGACUUAGCCGUACGUCUCGAGCCUAUUAUCUUAGAGCUUGAGCGGGAGCAAAACGAUCUUCUCAUUAUAGCUCACGAAAGCGUCCUGAGGGUUUUAUAUGGCUACCUCAUGGCGUGUAAUGCAGCGGAUAUCCCAUUUUUAGAAUUCCCGCGGGAUGAAAUAAUCGAGAUCAUCCCGGAAAGUUACCAGAACGAGGCACGCAGAAUCCAUAUCCCUGGACUUCCCACGGAGAUAAUCCCAGGCUCGCCAGAGGACAUAAAGAUCCCUGUACCCCCCAGUGAAGUGCCUACUCCUUUGGUUGGGGGAAUAGGCACCCCAAAGGAAGGGUUUUCGACUCCCCAAAGUGGCCUCCGGACUCCUCGCGAGCCCGAAAGGAUUUCACAACAACAUGUUGAAGAUGUUGUCUAG